AUGAAACCUGCCUUAAGCUUUAUUUUGGCUGUUACACUGGUAGACGUUGGACUAUGCACACAGCUCAAUUAUACGAACACUAGCAUUCUACCAUUGACCGACCUCCCAAGCUUUAGGGGCAUUGAUUUGCAAACGGCGCAUGGGAAUAGCUCUCAACUCAGGACCGACUUUGAUUCCAAUAACACAAUCACUCUAACUCCAGCUAGAGCUGUCCAUUACGAUGACGUAAAAAUCUCUGAGGAGCUGUACGAAAGGUUGGUUUACUUCAGUAAAAUAUGUGCGCUGACCUAUUGUAUAACCUCCAGUGAGCUCGUGACUGGAUUAACCUUUGAAGAGGGCGGCUGUCCCGCCAGGCUUGAGUUUUGCACUGGCAAGGAACAAAAUCCUACUGCUGACAGGACUAUGGUAGAAUUGGUUUUAUUGGCUGAAAGCGAAGAGCUUGGGACUGGGUACCUGGCCGUUGAUCAUGAAAAGCAAGUGGUGAUGUUGUCUUUUCGAGGAUCAACGACUAAUCAAGAUUGGCUCAGUGACUUUGCAAUUUACCCCACACCUUAUGAGCCCGCUUCUAAAGAAUACUACGACGAUUGGGUUACUUCGGGAAGAGUUUCGGAAUGCGAGGGUUGCCUCAUCCACCGAGGCUUUAAUGUCUUCCUAAAAACCUUGAGUUCACAGUUCUUUGAUAGAAUUGAAUCAAUCUUCGACUCAUUUCCUGCUUACAGUCUUGUGGUAACUGGUCACUCUUUGGGAGCCGCAGUUGCAAGCUUGGCUGGAAUAGAAUUGCGGUUAAGGGGUUACGACCCGCUGGUUUUAACAUAUGCUUCGCCAAACAUUUUCUGCGGGAAACUAAGGGCUUGGGUCGAUGAGUUAUUUGAGACUGAAAGGAUUCAUAAUUGGUCGGUUUCUGAAGGUGAAAUUAUGUUUCGUAAAGGCUAUUUUAGAGUUGUACAUGACGAAGAUUACAUCACCAUGGUUCCUCCAUUUUACGAACCAGCAGGUCUCGAAAUUUUUAUAAAUCACCGAGAACUGCCGCAAACGCAGAAACAUUUGGAAUACAGAGGUCCUUCAAUGAAACUUAUCUCAACGGAAAGUAUGGAUACCCGACCAGCAUUUAGUAGUUCAGGCAUUGGACUAGGUCACAGGUUGUUGGGCCCUCUGGAAAAGUGGCUACACAUGUAUGAACACCGCGCUUACUUCAUCUUGAUAAAUACUUGUGGUGGUUUUUAG